UCAAAUCUUCACAUCAUCCGGGCAUCAGAUGACCAUCCUGUUCCACAGUGACAACAGUGGAACCCAGAGAGGUUUCCAAGCCUACUACUACUCAUUUCCCACCUCCAGCAGCACCACAGUGCCAAGUACCUCCAGCUCUACUCUCCUCAUGUCAUCAGCUACAGAAUAUAAUUCUUGUGGUGGCCUGCUUUCCUCUCCAUCUGGUACAUUACAGAGUCCAUUUUACCCCGGAAAUUAUCCCAACAAUGCCAACUGUGUUUGGGUAAUAGAAGCAAAGAACAAUUUCCGUGUCACACUCUCAUUUAGAGAUGUUCAGAUGGAAGGGGGCAGAUGCCUGUCUGACUACGUGGAAGUCUAUGAUGGGCCACUCCAUACUUCUCCUCUCCUUGGGAAAUUCUGUUCUGGGUCUUUUCGCACAUACACAUCUUCCUCGAACCUGCUGACUGUCCGAUUUCACAGUAACUCUCGAUACACAUACAGAGGGUUUCAGGCUGACUAUUACUUCACUCAAGCAGAUCAGAGCACCACACUGCUGUGUUUGCCAGACUACAUGCGUGUAGCUGUGAGCAGAUACUUCCUUCAGUCACACGGCUACUCCGCUUGGAAUCUCACCUUGAAGGACCCCUAUUGCAAACCCAACAUCACAUCAAACUCUGUUAUAUUUGAGAUACCAUACACUCACUGUGGCACAGUGAGAGAGGGAAACAACGAUACAAUAACCUAUUCCAAUGUUAUUAGAGGAUCCUCUUCUGAUACUGUAAUCACAAGGAAUAAAGACCUUCAUCUGCACAUCAACUGCAAAAUGCUCCAGAACACAUGGGCCCAAACAAUGUAUGUUGUGGAGGACAAUUUUGAAGUCAAUGAAACUCAGUAUGGCAGAUAUGAUGUAAACCUUACAUUCUAUCAUUCUGCAUCCUUCUCACGGCCAGUGAACGACUUCCCAUACUACGUUAACCUGGAUCAGAAUUUGUUCCUUGAAGCUUACCUGCACAGCUCUGAUCCAAACCUGGUGUUAUUUGUGGACACCUGUGUGGCAUCUCCCACUCCCCACAAUUUUACAACAGUGACUCAUGAUAUAAUCAGGAAUGGGUGUGUUCGAGAUUCUACUUAUGCUACAUAUUAUUCACCCUACAGAUACAUGGUCCGGUUUAAAUUCAAUGCCUUUCAGUUUGUUCGUCACAAUCCACUGGUUUACCUGCAGUGUGAACUAGUGGUGUGCAGGGCCUAUGACUAUUCCUCCAGAUGCUACCAAGGAUGUGUUACUAGGUCCAAGAGAGAGGCAAGCUCUGUCCAAGAGAGUGUGACUGUAGUUGCUGGCCCAAUACAGCUGAAAGAAGCUGGUGCUGAGGAUAGGAAUGAACGUGCCUCCCUGAGCCUGGUGAACGGUGGACACCGGUGUCAGGGCCGUGUAGAGAUUUCAACCUAUGGGGGCCACGGCACCGUCUGUGAUGACAGCUGGGACCUGCAGGAUGCCCAGGUCGUGUGCAGGCAGCUGGGAUGUGGCUUUGCUGUUGCUGCAACUUCCAAUGCCUACUUUGGACAAGGCACGGGCAGCAUCUACCUGGACGACGUGCGCUGCAGAGGGAACGAGUCCUCCCUCUUCCAGUGCAGCCACAAUGGCUGGGGUGUCCACAACUGUGGCCACAGUGAAGAUGCUGGUGUUAUCUGCUCAGAGGGUGGCAAUCCUAGAACUUUUCCUACGUUUUCCCUUUCUCCUCCUUUGCCAGGGGCCUCCCUGAGCCUGGUGAACGGUGGACACCGGUGUCAGGGGCGUGUAGAGAUUUCAACCUAUGGGGGCCACGGCACCGUCUGUGAUGACAGCUGGGACCUGCAGGAUGCCCAGGUCGUGUGCAGGCAGCUGGGAUGUGGCUUUGCUGUUGCUGCAACUUCCAAUGCCUACUUUGGACAAGGCACGGGCAGCAUCUACCUGGACGACGUGCGCUGCAGAGGGAACGAGUCCUCCCUCUUCCAGUGCAGCCACAAUGGCUGGGGUGUCCACAACUGUGGCCACAGUGAAGAUGCUGGUGUUAUCUGCUCAGCAGAGACAGGAAAGACAGCAGAGGGUGGCAAUCCUAGAGAUUUUCCCACGUUUUCCCUUUCUCUUCCUUUGCCAGGUGCCUCCCUGAGCCUGGUGAACGGUGGACACCGGUGUCAGGGGCGUGUAGAGAUUUCAACCUAUGGGGGCCACGGCACCGUCUGUGAUGACAGCUGGGACCUGCAGGAUGCCCAGGUCGUGUGCAGGCAGCUGGGAUGUGGUUUUGCUGUGGCUGCAACUUCCAAUGCCUACUUUGGACAAGGCACGGGCAGCAUCUACCUGGACGACGUGCGCUGCAGAGGGAACGAGUCCUCCCUCUUCCAGUGCAGCCACAAUGGCUGGGGUGUCCACAACUGUGGCCACAGUGAAGAUGCUGGUGUUAUCUGCUCAGAUGCCACAGCCUCAACCACAGAAAGCUCCAUAACAGGCAUUCCUCCAGGUGCCUCCCUGAGCCUGGUGAACGGUGGACACCGGUGUCAGGGGCGUGUAGAGAUUUCAACCUAUGGGGGCCACGGCACCGUCUGUGAUGACAGCUGGGACCUGCAGGAUGCCCAGGUCGUGUGCAGGCAGCUGGGAUGUGGCUUUGCUGUUGCUGCAACUUCCAAUGCCUACUUUGGACAAGGCACGGGCAGCAUCUACCUGGACGACGUGCGCUGCACAGGGAACGAGUCCUCCCUCUUCCAGUGCAGCCACAAUGGCUGGGGUGUCCACAACUGUGGCCACAGUGAAGAUGCUGGUGUUAUCUGCUCAGGUGCCUCCCUGAGCCUGGUGAACGGUGGACACCGGUGUCAGGGCCGUGUAGAGAUUUCAACCUAUGGGGGCCACGGCACCGUCUGUGAUGACAGCUGGGACCUGCAGGAUGCCCAGGUCGUGUGCAGGCAGCUGGGAUGUGGUUUUGCUGUGGCUGCAACUUCCAAUGCCUACUUUGGACAAGGCACGGGCAGCAUCUACCUGGACGACGUGCGCUGCAGAGGGAACGAGUCCUCCCUCUUCCAGUGCAGCCACAAUGGCUGGGGUGUCCACAACUGUGGCCACAGUGAAGAUGCUGGUGUUAUCUGCUCAGCAGAGACAGGAAAGACAGCAGAGGGUGGCAAUCCUAGAGAUUUUCCCACGUUUUCCCUUUCUCUUCCUUUGCCAGGUGCCUCCCUGAGCCUGGUGAACGGUGGACACCGGUGUCAGGGGCGUGUAGAGAUUUCAACCUAUGGGGGCCACGGCACCGUCUGUGAUGACAGCUGGGACCUGCAGGAUGCCCAGGUCGUGUGCAGGCAGCUGGGAUGUGGUUUUGCUGUGGCUGCAACUUCCAAUGCCUACUUUGGACAAGGCACGGGCAGCAUCUACCUGGACAACGUGAGCUGCACAGGGAACGAGUCCUCCCUCUUCCAGUGCAGCCACAAUGGCUGGGGUGUCCACAACUGUGGCCACAGUGAAGAUGCUGGUGUUAUCUGCUCAGCAGAGACAGGAAAGACAGCAGAGGGUGGCAAUCCUAGAGAUUUUCCCAUGUUUUCCCUUUCUCUUCCUUUGCCAGGUGCCUCCCUGAGCCUGGUGAACGGUGGACACCGGUGUCAGGGCCGUGUAGAGAUUUCAACCUAUGGGGGCCACGGCACCGUCUGUGAUGACAGCUGGGACCUGCAGGAUGCCCAGGUCGUGUGCAGGCAGCUGGGAUGUGGCUUUGCUGUUGCUGCAACUUCCAAUGCCUACUUUGGACAAGGCACGGGCAGCAUCUACCUGGACGACGUGCGCUGCACAGGGAACGAGUCCUCCCUCUUCCAGUGCAGCCACAAUGGCUGGGGUGUCCACAACUGUGGCCACAGUGAAGAUGCUGGUGUUAUCUGCUCAGCAGAGGGUGGCAAUCCUAGAGCUUUUCCCACGUUUUCCCUUUCUCGUCCUUUGCCAGGUGCCUCCCUGAGCCUGGUGAACGGUGGACACCGGUGUCAGGGCCGUGUAGAGAUUUCAACCUAUAGGGGCCACGGCACCGUCUGUGAUGACAGCUGGGACCUGCAGGAUGCCCAGGUCGUGUGCAGGCAGCUGGGAUGUGGCUUUGCUGUUGCUGCAACUUCCAAUGCCUACUUUGGACAAGGCACGGGCAGCAUCUACCUGGAUGACGUGCGCUGCACAGGGAACGAGUCCUCCCUCUUCCAGUGCAGCCACAAUGGCUGGGGUGUCCACAACUGUGCCCACAAUGAAGAUGCUGGUGUUAUCUGCUCAGGUACCAUUGCUUUUCCUUUGCAGAAUUCAGGAAAACUAUGGCCUUCCUCCUUUUCCACAGUGAGUGGCUCAGAGGGAGGUGCCUCCCUGAGCCUGGUGAACGGUGGACACCGGUGUCAGGGACGUGUAGAGAUUUCAACCUAUAGGGGCCACGGCACCGUCUGUGAUGACAGCUGGGACCUGCAGGAUGCCCAGGUCGUGUGCAGGCAGCUGGGAUGUGGCUUUGCUGUUGCUGCAACUUCCAAUGCCUACUUUGGACAAGGCACGGGCAGCAUCUACCUGGAUGACGUGCGCUGCACAGGGAGCGAGUCCUCCCUCUUCCAGUGCAGCCACAAUGGCUGGGGUGUCCACAACUGUGCCCACAGUGAAGAUGCUGGUGUUAUCUGCUCAGAUGCCACAGCCUCAACCACAGAAAGCUCCACAACAGCCAUUCCUCCAGGUGCCUCCCUGAGCCUGGUGAACGGUGGACACCGGUGUCAGGGACGUGUAGAGAUUUCAACCUAUGGGGGCCACGGCAGCGUCUGUGAUGACAGCUGGGACCUGCAGGAUGCCCAGGUCGUGUGCAGGCAGCUGGGAUGUGGCUUUGCUGUUGCUGCAACUUCCAAUGCCUACUUUGGACAAGGCACGGGCAGCAUCUACCUGGAUGAUGUGCGCUGCACAGGGAACGAGUCCUCCCUCUUCCAGUGCAGCCACAAUGGCUGGGGUGUCCACAACUGUGUCCACAGUGAAGAUGCUGGUGUUAUCUGCUCAGGUACUAUUCCUUUUCUUUCGUUUUUUUUUCCAGCUAAAAAAUAUAUUUGUGGUGGCUUACUUUUUAAUCCCUCCGGAACACUUCAGAGUCCUUAUUAUCCUAUGAGUUAUCCUGAUAAUGCAGAUUGUUUGUGGCAAAUACAAGUAGAGAAUAAUUUCCGCAUUACACUCACAUUUAGAAGUAUUCAGUUGCAAGGUGGAUGCCAGAAUGACUAUAUUGAGAUUUAUGAUGGGCCACCCAAUACUUCUCCUCUGCUUGGAAGAAUUUGUUCUAAUUAUGGUCAUACAUACACAUCAUCGUCCAACUUCAUGGCUGUCAGAUUUCGCAGUGACUCCAGGUAUUCCGGUAGAGGGUUUUAUGCUGAGUACCGGUCUAUUCCAACAGACCAUACCACCACUCUUGCAUGCUUGCCAACAUACAUGCGCGCAGCAGUGGACCGGCAUUAUCUCCAGUCACAGGGCUAUUCAGUGUGGAACAUCAGCUUGUCUGACCCUUACUGUAGACCAACAUUUACAUCAACUGAGGUUAUAUUCAACAUUCCAUACAUUGGCUGCGGUACACGUAGACAGGGCAACAAUGAAACGAUCAGCUACUCCAAUGUGAUAAGAGUGCCUGCUUUCGGUUACAUCAUCAAGAGGCAAAGGGACCUUUACUUGAGUGUCAGCUGCAAAAUACUCCGGAACACCUGGGUGCAAGCAACGUACAUUGCCAAUGACACCAUUAAUGUCAAUGAAAGUCUGUCCCAGUAUGGCAGAUACAGCAUGAACCUGACAUUUUACAAUUCCUCAUCUUUCUUGUGGCCAGUGCAUGACUUCCCAUACUACGUUGACCUGAAUCAGAAUUUGUUCCUUCAAGCUUCCCUUCACAGCUCUGACCCAGAUCUGGUGGUGUUUGUGGACACAUGUGUGGCAUCACCUGAUCCUAACAACUUUAGAACACUGACCUAUGAAUUGAUCAGAAGUGGGUGUGUCAAGGAUCCUACCUACUCUUCUUACUAUUCACCAUACAGCAGUGUUGCUCGGUUUGCCUUUAAUGCUUUUUCAUUCGUUAAUCAACACCAAUCAGUUUACCUGCAGUGUGAGCUUGUGGUGUGCAGAACCUAUGACUACUCUUCCCGCUGCUAUCAAGGUUGUGUUAAUAGAUUCAAGAGGGAUUCAGGCUCUUCCCAUGAAAAGAUGAGUGUUGUUGUUGGACCUGUCCAGCUCCGGGAAGCUCAUGCUGAGAACAGGAAUGUUGGUAAGUUUAUCCGCCUGGUGAAUGGAAGGCACAGAUGUGAAGGUCGCGUUGAAGUCUAUUACAGAAGACGGUGGGGGACAGUUUGUGAUGAUUUCUGGGACUUUUCUGACGCCCAGGUUGUGUGCAGGCAGCUGGGAUGCGGCAGGGUCAUUGCGGCUCCAGGCAGUGCUUACUUUGGGCGAGGCUCAGGUGAUAUCCUGCUGGACAAUGUGCAGUGCAAUGGAGAUGAGGUCUCCUUGUUUCUGUGUAAACAUCUCGGAUGGAAGGUACACAACUGUGCCCACUAUGAAGAUGCUGGUGUUGUCUGUUCAGGGCCCAUCCUGCGCCUGUCGGGUGGGAGGCAGAGCUGCGAGGGCCGCGUGGAGCUGUGGGACGGCAGCAGCUGGGGCACAGUGUGCGACGACCUGUGGGACCUGCGCGCUGCCCGCGUGGUGUGCGCGCAGCUGGGCUGCGGGGAGCCCGUGGCAGCCCCGGGCAGUGCGCGCUUCGGGCCCGGCUCCGGACGCAUCCUCCUGGACGACGUGCAGUGCCGUGGGGAUGAGCCCUCGCUCCAGAGGUGCCGGCACAGCGGUUGGGGCGUGCACAACUGCCGGCACGUGGAGGACGCCGGCGUCGUCUGUGCAGGUCUGUGGGCAGCAAAGGCACCGGGGCUAUGGCGGAUCACAGCGGGGCCCAUCCUGCGCCUGUCGGGUGGGAGGCAGAGCUGCGAGGGCCGCGUGGAGCUGUGGGACGGCAGCAGCUGGGGCACAGUGUGCGACGACCUGUGGGACCUGCGCGCUGCCCGCGUGGUGUGCGCGCAGCUGGGCUGCGGGGAGCCCGUGGCAGCCCCGGGCAGUGCGCGCUUCGGGCCCGGCUCCGGACGCAUCCUCCUGGACGACGUGCAGUGCCGUGGGGACGAGCCCUCGCUCCAGAGCUGCCGGCACAGCGGUUGGGGCGUGCACAACUGCCGGCACGUGGAGGACGCCGGCGUCAUCUGUGCAGCAGUACCUACAACAGCUCCUGCCCAAGCGCCAAACACAACAGGGCCCAUCCUGCGCCUGUCGGGUGGGAGGCAGAGCUGCGAGGGCCGCGUGGAGCUGUGGGACGGCAGCAGCUGGGGCACAGUGUGCGACGACCUGUGGGACCUGCGCGCUGCCCGCGUGGUGUGCGCGCAGCUGGGCUGCGGGGAGCCCGUGGCAGCCCCGGGCAGUGCGCGCUUCGGGCCCGGCUCCGGACGCAUCCUCCUGGACGACGUGCAGUGCCGUGGGGACGAGCCCUCGCUCCAGAGCUGCCGGCACAGCGGUUGGGGCGUGCACAACUGCCGGCACGUGGAGGACGCCGGCGUCAUCUGUGCAGCAGUAUCUACAACCGCUCCUACACAAGUGCCAUCCACAACAGGGCCCAUCCUGCGCCUGUCGGGUGGGAGGCAGAGCUGCGAGGGCCGCGUGGAGCUGUGGGACGGCAGCAGCUGGGGCACAGUGUGCGACGACCUGUGGGACCUGCGCGCUGCCCGCGUGGUGUGCGCGCAGCUGGGCUGCGGGGAGCCCGUGGCAGCCCCGGGCAGUGCGCGCUUCGGGCCCGGCUCCGGACGCAUCCUCCUGGACGACGUGCAGUGCCGUGGGGACGAGCCCUCGCUCCAGAGCUGCCGGCACAGCGGUUGGGGCGUGCACAACUGCCGGCACGUGGAGGACGCCGGCGUCAUCUGUGCAGCAGUACCUACAACAGCUCCUGCCCAAGCGCCAAACACAACAGGGCCCAUCCUGCGCCUGUCGGGUGGGAGGCAGAGCUGCGAGGGCCGCGUGGAGCUGUGGGACGGCAGCAGCUGGGGCACAGUGUGCGACGACCUGUGGGACCUGCGCGCUGCCCGCGUGGUGUGCGCGCAGCUGGGCUGCGGGGAGCCCGUGGCAGCCCCGGGCAGUGCGCGCUUCGGGCCCGGCUCCGGACGCAUCCUCCUGGACGACGUGCAGUGCCGUGGGGACGAGCCCUCGCUCCAGAGCUGCCGGCACAGCGGUUGGGGCGUGCACAACUGCCGGCACGUGGAGGACGCCGGCGUCAUCUGUGCAGGGCCCAUCCUGCGCCUGUCGGGUGGGAGGCAGAGCUGCGAGGGCCGCGUGGAGCUGUGGGACGGCAGCAGCUGGGGCACAGUGUGCGACGACCUGUGGGACCUGCGCGCUGCCCGCGUGGUGUGCGCGCAGCUGGGCUGCGGGGAGCCCGUGGCAGCCCCGGGCAGUGCGCGCUUCGGGCCCGGCUCCGGACGCAUCCUCCUGGACGACGUGCAGUGCCGUGGGGACGAGCCCUCGCUCCAGAGCUGCCGGCACAGCGGUUGGGGCGUGCACAACUGCCGGCACGUGGAGGACGCCGGCGUCAUCUGUGCAGGUCUGUGGGCAGCAAAGGCACCGGGGCUAUCGCGGAUCACAGCGGGGCCCAUCCUGCGCCUGUCGGGUGGGAGGCAGAGCUGCGAGGGCCGCGUGGAGCUGUGGGACGGCAGCAGCUGGGGCACAGUGUGCGACGACCUGUGGGACCUGCGCGCUGCCCGCGUGGUGUGCGCGCAGCUGGGCUGCGGGGAGCCCGUGGCAGCCCCGGGCAGUGCGCGCUUCGGGCCCGGCUCCGGACGCAUCCUCCUGGACGACGUGCAGUGCCGUGGGGACGAGCCCUCGCUCCAGAGCUGCCGGCACAGCGGUUGGGGCGUGCACAACUGCCGGCACGUGGAGGACGCCGGUGUCGUCUGUGCAGGUCUGUGGGCAGCAAAGGCACUGGGGCUAUCGCGGAUCACAGCGGGGCCCAUCCUGCGCCUGUCGGGUGGGAGGCAGAGCUGCGAGGGCCGCGUGGAGCUGUGGGACGGCAGCAGCUGGGGCACAGUGUGCGACGACCUGUGGGACCUGCGCGCUGCCCGCGUGGUGUGCGCGCAGCUGGGCUGCGGGGAGCCCGUGGCAGCCCCGGGCAGUGCGCGCUUCGGGCCCGGCUCCGGACGCAUCCUCCUGGACGACGUGCAGUGCCGUGGGGACGAGCCCUCGCUCCAGAGGUGCCGGCACAGCGGUUGGGGCGUGCACAACUGCCGGCACGUGGAGGACGCCGGCGUCGUCUGUGCAGCACCUUAUUUCUGUGGUGGCUCAAUCUCAAAUUCCUCUGGGAUAUUGCAGACUCCCUUUUACCCUGGAAGUUAUCCCAACAAUGCUGACUGCGUGUGGGAAAUACAAGUAGAGAACAAUUUCCGUGUUAUGCUCACAUUUAGAGAUAUCGAGAUGCAAAGCGGCAGAUGCCAGUAUGACUACAUUGAAGUCUACGACGGGCCUCUACGUUCCUCCCCGCUUCUUGGGAGACUUUGCUCUGGUUCCUUUCUCACGUACACAUCCUCUUCAAACAUGAUGACCAUUCACUUUCACAGCGAUUCUAGAGGCACCUUCAGAGGGUUUCAGGCUCACUACUCCUCCAUUCCAGCAGUUCACAACUCUAGUAAGUUGCUGUGUUUGCCAGACUACAUGCAUGCAGUGCUUAGCAUAGACUACCUCCAGUCUCAGGGCUACUCAGCGGAGAUGGUCACUCUGAAUGAUGAUCGGUGUAGACCAACAAUCACACCACGUGAGGUUAUAUUCAACAUUCCCUACAACGACUGUGGGACCACACGAGAGGAGAACAAUGAUACCAUCAACUAUUCCAACAUGAUCAAAAUUAUGUCUUCCGGGUACAUAAUCAGGAGGAAAAAGAAUAUUAACUUACACAUCAGUUGCAAAAUGCUGCAGGAAACAUGGAUGCAAAUAAUGUAUGUUGCUGAGGACACUGUAGAUGUGCAUGAAAAUCAGUUUGGAAGAUACACCAUGAACAUCACUUUCUACGAUUCCUCAUCAUUCUUGCGGCAAGUGCAUGACUCUCCGUACUACAUUGACUUGAACCAAAAUUUGUACCUUCAAGCUUAUCUGCACAGCUCUGAUCCAAAUCUGAUCCUGUUUGUGGACACAUGUGUGGCAUCACCUGAUCCUCAUGAUUUCAACAGACUGGCCUAUGAUAUAAUCAGGAACGGAUGUGUUAGAGAUUCUUCCUACGUCACAUAUAACUCACCCUACAGCCACUUUGCUCGGUUCAAGUUUAAUGCCUUUGAGUUCAUCAGUCAGCAUUCAUUAGUCUACCUGCGCUGCGAGCUGGUGGUGUGCAGGCUUCGUGACUACUCCUCCCGCUGCUACCGGGGCUGUGUUAGCAGGGCCAAGAGAGAUGCAAGUUCUGCUGAGGAAAGAGUGAACGUGGUUGUGGGGCCACUUCAGCUUCGAGGAGGGGGUGCUAAGAGUAGGAAUAUUGGUAAAGUCCAAUAA